AGAAAACAGAAAACCCUGAACUGCCUGCCAUGCUACAUUUUGAAAUCCACAAUAGUAGCAGGACAUGAAGAAAUAAUCUCAUGAAUGAAUUAUCCCAGACAUCUACUAGAACGAUUCAACUCUGCUGUUUUGAGCUGGUUAUGUUUGAAAUGACACAUUUGGAAAUGGAAAAGAUUGAUUCAUGAAAUUAAAAAUAAAUAAAUUUAAAAAAUUGCAUAUUAAACGUUUUUUUGUAUAAAAAAGCGGUGUUUUGGGAGCAUUAUGGUAUGACAUAUUAACUACAAAAUGAAGGAAAAGGAUAGUGGCUGAAAUUUGACUAUUUAAUGUAGGCUAACAUGGAAAUAUCAGUGCAAAGAUGGGGAUGGAUAUACAAAAUAUAUGUUUGUUUUAUAAGAAUAUAAUUAAAGAUUUUGGAAGUGAGGGAAUGCUGAAAAAUUUUAAAGACUUAAUACUUUAAAAUCUUUUUAUGCUUCCUUUAUCAAAAUUCUUUGGUUCUGGAGGCUGAAGCUAACUGCUAAGCUAACGUAGACUGAAGCCAACUUUAUUUAUUUAUUUAUUUUUUUUACUUUAUUUUCUUCGGUUCUUCGACAGGAAGGUGGUGUGUGAGAGAGGGGUAAGACAUGCGGCAAAGAUUAACAGGCCAGGAUUCAAACCUGUGACGACGUAGAGGACUGAAGCCUCUGCUGGAGGUAAAACCUCACCAGUUUCACCACAGUUUCAUUUGAUUCUGUUGUGCUGUAGGAGUGAAAUUGAAUAGAAUUUCAAGUUAUAACAUUGACAAAUAACAUUUACAAAUAAAUAUGCUUUCUUGAAAUGUAAGUCAAGACUUUAUUCACAUCGAUUUCUUACAACAGACGGGAAUAAAUUAAAUACAAACGGAUGUGGUCUACAUCGCCAUCCAGUGGUGUGGGAAGAUAUUGCAUGUAAUCUCUUGAAAAGAGUUUGACAUAUAACUAGUUAUAGUUUAUGCAUGUAGCUUUAUGUUUGUGAGGGAUCUGAAUGUAAGAGAAGGAUGUUUUAAUUACAAACUUAAGGCACACAGAUAACUCAUUCUGUUGGUCAUAAAUGAUCACAUCUAUUGAUUUAUGAGUCAAAAUACAAGUUUCUGCAUUCAGGAGAAAGAAAUUUCCCUACUAGUAACUUUUUUCCCCUUAAAACAGGAAACCACCCGUCUUUCAUUCUGUUAUUUUUCUGCAAUUCAAGCAGUAAUCAUCACUUCCUCCUUGUGUAAAUGGUUAACUCAAAAAUCUAGGCACUCUGAGCUCAGAUUACGUCUACUUUCAGAGGUGACUGUGUCCUUAACAAGCUGCCUGCGCUCCUUCUUUUGCUUUCUUCAGCUUCAUGCGUCUUAUUCUGUCCUGGAACUCUGACAACAUUUAUUUUGUUAAUAUCUGUCUGAAAACUUUCAAAAAACGUGAAAUUAGCGAGUCAUGUUUGUGGAAACAAACGAAAGCAAAACGGGAUCUUACCUGAGCUGCUGUCCAAAGGGUUUGGAGCAAAACAAGAGCAAAUUUCAGUGGGAAGUCCAAAACUAUCUGUGAAAAGUCUCUCUGCAGCUUUUAAUUUGUGCUUUGACUUUCCCCUCACAGUGAACUCUUGUUAUCAGAACUGCACAGACUGGAUCCUAUGUUAUCUGUAAACAGAGCCCGCCUCUGCUAAGGACCAAGAACACCACAAGAACAUCCCGUUUGUUGCCCUCAGAAGCCGAGAGCGGACUCACUUUUCAAUUUUCCGGGGAUUUUAUUUUAAAUUUCCCUCCUGACGAUUGCGUCUCGCAUGGCCUGAGAGCUCACCAACAAUGAAUAAGUCCAGCGAAAAUCCGGAGGAGGACAGAGUAUCCCUCCAGAGCGACGGAAAGAUGCAAGCGAACGGAGUGGCGAAAGAGGCUCUCGGCGUUCUCCAGACGUUCAGGCGGAGCAUUAGGCGACCCGCCGAGAAAAGCCCCCGCUCACCCAACAGGAAGGAGUCAAAGGUCACAUCCAGAGCAGAGUCAGAGUCGCCCUCCUCUCUACCGCCAGGCUCGCCCAGUCUUAGUGCAGGCUCUCCAGCUGCAUCACCCUUGAAGACCAGAGGGGGCUUCUUUCAAAAAAAGGAUGAAGAUCUGACAGACAUGACACAACACAAACGCAAACCUCUAGCUCGCUCAAAGACAGAUCCCAACAUGUCUAAGCUGACCGACUCCCUUCUGAAGAAAGGAUCCUCACUUCGCAGAAGUCUGAGGUUUCCCUCCAAGAAGGAGAACGACAAAGCGGCCAGGCAGGAGCCUCCGGCUGCUGAGGCCCUGCCUGAAAUGAGGGAGGAGAAAGAAACGGAGGUGGAGGAGAUGGAGGAGAUGGAGGAGCUGUACACGCUGCCUGAAAUUCCACACACACCACUGUCAGUUAUGCAGAUCAACAAGCUGAUAGAGAUGGAGGUUCUGGAGGAAGCUCAUCUGAACCUGCUUGCCAUGCGACUGGAGUUUCAGAAGGAGCAACAGCAAACUGGUGACAACUCCCCCAUGGAGUUGGCAAAGAAGGAGAAAGACCUGGCCCUCCUCUAUACGGACCUCAGGAAAAAGAUUUGCACCAUAGUCUGUGAUUCCAACUCCUUUCCUGCCAGGAACAAGGCACUACUGGUCCAUGUGGCUCGCAUCAUCCAGGAGGAGGAGAAGAGGGCCGAGGAACCAGGCGGCCUGCCAGACAGCUGGAUGGAGGCCUGGAGGGAGGCAGUGUCCCAGGGCGUGCAGGUCAAGGUCAACGGCGUUCAUCUGGAGAAGAAGGAACAUAAUUCAUCCUGGUUGGCGGUCCAUCUCGGGCUCUUGGGAAAAACUAUUGUAGAGGAUCUGGAGAAUGUGAAGCGGGAGCUGCGAUGGUCCUACCCACCCAGCUUCAAGGUCUUCAGCACCUACGUGAAGAGCUACCACAGAAUCAUCGGGCAGCACUUGAGGAAGCUGGAGCCGCAGGUGACCGAGCUAAAGGAUCUGUACGCUCUACUGGACUGGAUCCUCAACAAAUACAAGAGUGAGAAGAUCAUGGGAAGUUUCUCCUUGCAGCCGGACAUGGCGGAGGAAAGUGCUGACCUGCAACUACAAGAAGGAUUCCUGAAGCAGCUUUUGGAGAAGUACUGCUGCAAAGUAAAGGAGGACAUGAGCGUUCUGCUGGACAGAGUGAUUGAACUCGAACAUGAGACUGUGUGGAAAGACAAGACGGAGCCCCAGAGGGAAGACAACCUGCUGCUCUCUCUGUUUCCUAUGGACAUUUGGACUGCUGUUAAAGGAAAAGUGGACCACUCUGGAAAACUGGACCCUGAUCUGGUGAAGAAAGUCAUCGUUUCCUGCCUGGAGGAGUUGAAAAGUUUUCCCAGGAAAUUUGAAACCCAGUUCAAGUGCCACUGUGGCGCCCUCCAACCACAGCCGCUGUGGACCGACUAUCACAUAACCUACAUCAACAGCUUUCAGGCUUUACAGGAACACAUGGCAGCGUACCAGGACAGCUGUCCACACGAGGUGGAAGGCUUCAAACAGGAGGUCAAAGGUCUCAUCGUCAGGCUGAUGGAGGUUUUGGAGGAACAAUUUAAAGAGGAUGUCAAGCCCUUCCUCAGGCGGAUGAUGACGAGGAAGUGGCUCACUAACGAUGACGACUUCAAACAACUCGAUGGCCGGAUACAGCAGCUUUCCCAUCAUUGUGACUCCAUGAGGCCUCCGCACGUAAAGGAGUUUGCCAGCCGACUGCAUUACUAUGUUGUGAAGGAAUACGUCGGGCAGCUGAUGAAGAAUAACUACUCGUGCAGGAACCGGAACCACGAGAAGGCUGGAGCCAAGAUCAACGAACAGUGGAACAAGCUCACCGAUCUGUUUGACGACAUGAAAUCUAGGCAUGAGUGGCUCCACCAUGUAGGACUCGACCUGAGCACCAUCAUUGGACAAAACAAGGCAGACAUCAAGAACCACCUGCAGCCUCUAGUGGAACAUUACCCAGACUUCAGCAAGAAACAUCUGGUUGCAGUUCUUUACUUCAGGGGCCUCCAGAGGGGCCGCGAGCACCGCCUCAUUCUGCAGAAACUCACCGCGCUCAGAAAGGAAGUGGGCAGCACCAGCACUGACAGAGGCCAAGUUUUAUUUGGGGACAUGCAGGUCACAGCCAACACCGACUGCCUGUCCAACCCGCUUUUCUCUUGUCUCAGCUUUCUGCAAACGCACAGCUGAGAAGGAAAUGCAGACGAAACGUCCUGUUCAAGCUCUGCAUGCGGACCGGUCGCAGGAAACGCCACGUUGCACUUUUUCUCAGGUUGUGUUAUUCUGCAUCAGUCUGGUCCGGUACUUAAACAACAAAACUUAUAUGUUCCUCCCUCUGCAUUACAGAGUUCAGACAUUUAAUAAUGAGCAUUCAGCAAAGCAACACUGCCUAGAAAUGAACUAAAGCACACAAGAUUAAUGUUGUUUUUAGCUAAAGCUAGACUAUAGAUGUGUCUGUACUAUAAUAUUUGAUUUUUAAAAAUGAUAUGUUUCCUGCUCUGGAAAGCAACACGGUUAGAGUCACAUGUUGGUUAAGUUCAUGAAGAGUAAAAUCAAUUUACGAAGCAAAAAAAA